AUAAUUAACCUUCCGCUUUUUUAGUAAUUUGUCUUUAAAUAAAUCGUUGUCCAAGAAAGAAAAGGACAGUAGUGUAUAUAUUAGUCAAAAAUAAUGCUGUUGUCCCCAAUAAGAAUAUUUACAGCCCCUAUAAUAAGGCCAAACCCAUACAGCCUGAUAAUUAAAACAAAUUAGCCUACCAAAUGUUAUCUAAGAUCUAAAUUAUUUUGACAUCACGGAAGCUUUUCAUUCUCACAAUUUAUCAGAUGGUCAAUCCUAUUACGGUUGCAUGUCGAGAAUACUUAUCGCGUUUUAACUUAAUGAAAACGAAGUUCAGUGAGUAUUUACUAAAAUUAUAUUUGGUGGUGGUUGUAAAUUUUCAUUAGAGGGUUUAUUGUAGGUACCUUUGUAAGGAUUAACAGUUGGUUAAACAGAACGUUGAAUGGAGCUUUUCUAUAAAAUAUACAUACAGAUUAGUGCAAAGCACAUAGAAGCGCAUCGGAACUAUUAUCUAGCUCUCUUAAUUAGUAAAAUCGACACUCAAUUGACCGGAUGCGGCCAUAUUUAAACUCUGAUCGCGGUCCCAAUAAUCCAACCGCACUUGAUUUCCGGUGGCCUUCGCUGUUUGCGCAACUUAUUAUGAGACUUAUCACUUAUGUAAAGAGCUUAAAUUCGAAUGUUUCAAUUUGAGAAGUUGACAGACUUAUGUAUGUAUUUUAUUCCGUGGGAGAAUUUUUGAACCGUAAAAGUACGGAACAAAUUUAACAAGUCAGAUAGAAUUGAAUACUUGACGAAUUCUAUAGUAUCGUUAAAAUGUACAUAAUGUAUGUCCUAAUUUAGUUUGGUAAUACUUUGAUAAUUGGACCGCUUGGAGUAAUUGGCUUUGAUGUGAUUUCACGGUCAGGUUAACAAGAAUGUGGUAUUAACGACAUACAUGCUAAUGUGGGCUAAUAUCUGGUUGGAACAUCUUUAAAGAGACUGCACCUUAGUUUUUUUUCAAUGGCCGUUUAUAACUCAACACUGAAUAAUAGUCCAUUCACUUGGGGAGAUUUUUAUUUUUAUUUUAUAGUUUCUGAGUUGAGGAUUUCCAUAAAAAGCUCACGCAAUAUAUACUUCACUUUAAGUUUCCUGACCUGUAUGUUCACCUAAAAAAACUUGUUUAAAAAAUGUAAAACGUCUAGUUCUACAAAAAUCUGAAUAUACAUUAGUCAUGACAAAAAUCAAGUUGUACAAGAUUGCACGGUCGGUGUUUAGUCAUCGUUUUGUAAUGCGCGCACGCACCUCGACUCUUAAUUUAUUAGACCUAUAUGGUCGUAAGGACCUGAAUCCGAAAUUCUCGGCGCGAAUCCGAUCGUCUUUAUCGAUUCUUGGGACGAAAAGCGGUUCCUAUGUCUUGUCGAAUGCAAAUCAACUGUGUUAUUGAACUUUGUGCAAGAAUAUUCGGUGUCUUGGAUCGGAGUAUGUUUUGUUUUGUGUGAUAUUUUAUUAGUUAAAUUGCAUGAAUACAGAGAACAAUCUUUGCUACUGUUUGUCACGAACCAGUCAAUAUUUCUUUGCUUUCUUCUUGAAAAUGACCAUUACGCGAUUAAUGGCAGGCAAUUACAUCCGUAAUAUUUUUAAAACUAUCAGUUGACGCUCGUGGUCCGGUUCGUUCACAUUAAUAGCAAGAAUUAAAUUAAAUUAUAGAGAACAUAUAAAAUUGUCCGAAUUUUUAGCAAAUGGCAACCCCGGAUAAUCGUGUCGAUUAAAUACUUUUUAUUGUUUCGUCGCGUUCCCACGGACGGUGCACGCGAAGGCGACUGUAUUUUUUCAUCGCAUCCGCGCCUCAGGCUUAAUUCUGAAGGAGCCAAACUGCUUUCAUUUGAAUCUCGUUUGAUUGUUGGUUGCUGAGGCAGCUGGGCACUAUCAUUAGUGUAUAUUAACUGUGGUUUUGGUGCGUAAGCGCAUUUUGACGUGUGUAAGUAGCGUGAUUUAUUAUUAGAUUUAUCCAGAUCCUGAGUCGGAGAAAGCUAUUAUGGGAUCGGUGGUGUAUUGUAUCCACCACAAAGAAGGAUGCCAAUGGUCGGACGAGCUCCGUAAACUGAAGGCGCACCUGAACACGUGCAAGCACGACGCAGUGCUGUGCGCGGCGCAGUGCGGCGCGAUGAUCCCGCGCGUGCUCAUGCAAGAUCACUUGCGCUACACCUGCCCGCGCCGCCGCGCCAACUGUGACCACUGCCAUAAGGAAUUCUCAGGCAGCGCCUUAGAGGAGCACCAAGGUAACUGCGGCCACGAACCAGUCUACUGCGAGAACAAGUGUGGCGCGAAGGUUCAGCGCCGGCACACGCAGCAACACAUCCAGCAACACUGCAGCAAGCGGCUCGUGCCGUGCAAGCAUUGCGGACAGAGCUACACACAGGACACAGUAUGUGCCCACGGCGCAUCGUGUGCGCGUGCGCCGGUGGCGUGCCCGCAGCGCUGCGGCGCGCCCGCCGUGCCGCGCGCCGACCUGGCCGCGCACCUGCGCGACCACGCCGCGCCCUGCGCUUUUAGAGACGCCGGAUGCAGGUUUAAGGGAACAAGGCAAGCUUUAGAAAAGCACACGGAAGAAAGUUGCCAACAGCACUUAGCUCUGGUAUCAGCACUUGCCAGCCGCCAGGCGCGGCAACUGGACUCCCUGAGGGCUGCAGUCGCGCGACUGUCGGUCAACUGUUCCGGAGCACUGGUAUGGCGCAUCAGCGACUGGGCCGCUAAAAUGGCGGAGGCUAAGUGCAAGGAUGGCGUCGAGCUUGUUUCACCCGCGUUUUACACCAGCCAGUAUGGAUAUAAGUUGCAGGCGUCUCUAUUCCUGAACGGCAACGGAGCUGGCGAGGCUACCCACAUGUCAGUCUACAUUAAAAUCCUGCCUGGAGAGUACGACGCCCUUCUCCGCUGGCCCUUCGCCCACACCGUCUCCUUUACACUCUUUGACCAGAGCUCAAGCCCCGACAGAGCUUGCAACAUCGUGGAGAGCUUCGUCCCUGAUCCCACAUGGAAGAACUUCCAAAGACCCUCCAAGGAACCUGAUGCGCUAGGCUUUGGAUUCCCGAGGUUCGUUUCCCAUGAGAUGCUCAAAAAGAGGAAUUUCAUCAAGGAUGAUGUCAUGUUUAUAAGGGUCAAGGUAGACCCAAGCAAAAUUGUAGCCGUUUAGAUUAAAUGUCGCUAAAUUAAACCUGAGUAUCGAUUCUUUGUGAGGACCAUUUAGGGGAAACUUUUCAAAAGUUUAAAAUUAUAAGAGGAUCCAUAACUCCAUAGAGACUGGGUGUAAUAUCAUAAUUUUCAGUUUAAACAGUCGGGUAAAUAACCAUAUAUUUUUUCUAAUGUUCAAAUUUUUGAGUAAAGUAUUCUUACAAGCAGUUUUAGUGUGCUAAUGAUAAACAUAGGAUCUUGGAUUUAGGUUAGUUUUAAAAUUAAUUUAGUUUUAAUUUUAGGCUGAAUCCAAGUUUAUUUUAAGUUAUUAACACAUUAUGUGUAAUCCAUAGUCAUUAUAUAGUAUUAAGUAACUUGAAGUCAUAGUUGUAACUGUAAAUAAUAAUUAUAAUGUGAACUGGACUUAGAUAGGUUUCUGUAUAUAUUUGUAAAUACUAAUUUUAGUGUGCGCAUACGCAUUUGUUAUCCUUUCACUAAAGAUCUCUUGAGUUUCAUUGCCGGCAGAAGAACGUAACGAGCCUAGUGUUUUCAAAGUAUUUUGUGCCUUACGUCUUAAGCAAAAGACUUAAUUUUCUGUGCCAUAUUUUAUAAUAUUGCUGUUGCCUCUUUUGCAGUCGUUGACCUGACACACUAAACAUUAUUUUUCGUGAUUUUGUUUGCGUACUAACUUGACUCCAAUAUAACCAUAACUAAUGCUUCGCUUUAGUUAACUUGAUCAUACUAACUUUAGCAGUUUUCUCCAUUCUAUUAACAGUCAGCCAAUCCAUAUUUGUGUUAGUACACUUAUAAUACACACAUUUUUAUAGUUGCCUGCAAAAAUUGUGUGUAGUCUAUCCUUUGACGUUCAAAAAGCAUUUUUGUUUGCCUUGAGCGAGUUAAAUCGAAGGCUCUUUGAAAAAUGCUUUGGACCUUUACGCUUUACUAAGAACAGAAAACUUUAAAAACAUCCUGGCUCAGUUAUAUCGGCAGAUCUUUGUAUAUAUUAUCUGUUUUUACGAAAAAGAAAUAGUUUACGCAUUUUGUUGAAAACAUUUCUGUACAUAGUACUUAUUCUUAUAAUACUUAUAAUUAUAUUAAUCUAAAAUCCUUAUGUAUUCGUUAAGCUGGAGUUAAACCAAAGUGUUGCGAUUACUUUGCGUUUUAAAAAAAUACGUUAAAUGUACAUUUCCAUUUGCAAAGUGAAUCAACGUAAAACACGGCUAAAGCUGUAUGUAUAAUAUAUAUCUAUAGAUAUACAUUUAAGUUAUUGCUUUUGGACUUUCGUGUGUUUUUCAAUGUAUAUUUUAGCUAUCUUAACAAAUUCUAUCAAAAUCAGUUUAGCUAUUUUGUAGUUAAGUCAAUAAAAAGUUGUGUUAAUUUUUCUUUUCGUAUAUAUUAUCUUGAGUUUUUUUCUUAGACACAUUAGAUUCAAAUUUCUUACUCUGCAGUCUUUAAAAUAUUUUUCAUAAUAUUUGGAUCUCUUCUUAAACGCUUUAUAAAUUAUUUAAUCUCAACUGUAAUAUAACAUUCCAGUAAAACAUUAUUAUAAGUCUGGAAGCCAUUCGUAAUUAUUUAUUUUGUAACAUUAGGCUAAGGGUUAGAAUUUAAACAAUUAAACGUAAGAAUAUAAAAAAAAACACUUAUUUUGCAAUAAACUAAAACAAAAUUAACCAAUUGUCAGAAAAUGAUUGAUUCAUUUCAUUUUCCAUUUCAAGAACAAUAUUAGCAUACCACCCUUGCUUAUGUACCUUUUAUAAUCUGUAGCAUAUGGCUAGAUUAUUUUAGAUUUUUAUCUAACCUUAGUACCUAAAAUAAGACUAAUUAAUAUUAAAGUAAAAACAGAUUGUAUUAAGAAUAGACUUAAGUUAUUUUUUAAUUAUCAAUAGACGGAGACGUUAAUUUUAUAUUGUAAAAGUGAAUGUUAUUUGAGAGAAGGCCUGAAAAGGUAUAAGCUUGAUUGUAAGGCCAAUCUUGGAUUUUGGUAGGAAAUAUAAUAUUUUUCCGAUAUAAA